CGUGUUCUUUCUUUUUCAGUCCCCUCCUCGGAAGUAUAGACGCGUUUGUCUAUAUUCCGUUCGUUUUCUUUUUUUAAUCUAUGCAUUAACCCCCUCUUAAUUUCUUCAUACAAAAUGGAGGCGAAGACGGAAUUGUAGACAUGCCUCGAUUCGACCUGUUCUAUUAUUUAAUCUCAGUUUAAUGGACCGGAUGAUCUCCAAGUCGGACUGCGUUUCCCACAGCCUUGCAGGGGAGGUUGCCGUAUCCAGUGGGGAGGUAGGCUUUUCCGGGGUUCGUGAUGAAGUUUGCCGAACCCACGGAAGGCCAGAAGCUGUCUUUUCUCCUGGAAAAGGCUGCUUCUAGGGAAGCCGCGCUGUGGAGGAGCUAUGUGCCUAAGAAACCAGCCAACCAGGAUACAGAUAUCUCCCCUGCCCAGCGUGACGAGGCCGUGCGGUGGCUCACUGAAGUGCACCGGUGCUUGAAGCUUUAUCCAGAAACACUCUGUUUGGCCAUCUCCAUACUCGACCGCUUUCUCUCCACCAUUAAGGCUCGUCCCAAGUACCUGCGCUGCAUUGCUAUCACCUGUUUCUUCCUGGCAGCUAAGACAAGUGAAGAGGAUGAGCGUAUCCCUGCUCUCAGAGAGCUGAUCAGCAGCAGUGCUUGUGGAUGCACUCCUUCAGAGGUGUUGAGGAUGGAGAGGAUCAUUCUGGAUAAACUCAGCUGGGACCUGCAUGCAGCCACUCCCCUUGAUUUCCUGCACAUUUUCCAUGCAAUGGUGUUCAGCUGCAAGGCUGUGAGUUCAGGCGUGUUAUUGGGUCUGAACCGAUCACAGCACCUUGCCCUGCUCACUCAGGAGCUACUGCACUGCCUUUCCCAUAAUGCACUGCUGCAGGAGCGUGGCUCCAUGCUGGCCCUCGCACUCGUCACGCUGCAGCUGGAAAAGCUCUGUCCUGAUUGGCUCGCUCUUGCAGCCGACCUGCUGCGCAAAGUUCAGAUUGACAGCUCCAAGCUGAUCGGCUGCCGAGAGCUAGUGGCACGUUGUCUCUCCACACACACGGCAUCCCUGCCUCCCAACACUGUGUACGUGUGCCACCCACUGCAAACCCCUCACGACCCUAGCGUGACCUUUCACCCUGUCCUGCCCGCUCUGCCACUGCGCAGGAAGCCCUCGGCCAAGCGCAAGGUGGAGCAGAUGGAUGUGGACGAAUACUUUGAUGGCAUCAAGCGUCUCUACAACGAGGAGGAGCUAGGAGGAGGAGGAGGAGGGGCUACUUCGGGGUACCAGUCCGUAGAGGGCGGGUCCACGCCGUGCCCCGCUCUUCAGCCUGUUCCUGUCUCCUAACAACGCGCUUGGGGUUGAAAUGGGGCCAGACCGCAGUUACGACAGCGUCCCUCAAUCCUUUAGAGCAGAACAGAGCUAAAACACACACAUGAAAUAUGCUGCAGUUAUUUCAUAACCAUAUGUCUGUCAAGUCUAAUCACAAGAUCAUAUUUAAAAUGUGAAAAAAGGAGAAUAUUCACAAAAAUGUAGGAGGUACGACUCCCCAACCCACUCAUACUAAAAUGUCUGUCUCUGUAUAUCACUGUCAUGUCUCACUUAUAUCUGUGAAAACUUUAAAUCUAACUUUGUAUUUAUCUGUGUUCUCUCCCCUGUACACUGUCCGAGUGCUGUGUUCACCUCAUGUGCUUUUCUUCUUUUUUAUUUUUUGUCUGAGUGCAUGACACUCCUGAAUGUUAAAUUUGCUAAAUUUGGUUAAAGUUAUUAUUUUAUGAUGACAUGGUUUAAAUCAUUAGAAUUAAGAUAAUGUUUUAAGAAAAUUAAUUUCUCUCUCUCUCUCUCUCUCUCUCUCUUUCCCUCUCCCUCCCCUAUUCUUUUGUUCUGUCUUGGCUGUUUAGCCUUUCAUUUCUCCAUGUCUUGGCCAUUUAGGUGUGUGGUUGAACAGUGAUAAUAUCCCUAUCACUUCUGUUAAAAGAGCAUUAACGAGGAAUUCAUGUGAACACACCAUCCAAUCACACAUGGCACAAGAGACUGUUUUAGUGUUUGUUUGAUAAGAUAAUGUAUCUGUAGGAUCACUUUAACAAAAAAGGUUGAAAAAAAAUAUACAAAACCUGUUGAAAUGGCACAAAAAAAAAACUUUAGACUAUUACCAUUCCUUUUCUCUGAUAAUCUUUCUUGUCUGGCUCUGUUCUUCUCUGGAGGGAGGAGGGAUGCCCGCACUCCCGAAACAUCACCAUAAAGGUUCAAAUAAAUGGAAACCGUCUACUACA